AUGGCUUCGCAGGUUCCUGUUGUCGACCUAACCUCUGAUGAGGCUGAAGACAACGGACGAAAUGGGCAACAGGACCCCCCAGGGGCAUUGAGAAGACUGUACGAGGACUUCGGAGAUGGUAAAGAGCGGAACGAGAUGGGCAGAGAGGAACCUGGUGCAAAUGAGGCGACAAGGCGAUUGGCCAGCCUGAACAGGGCGGCGAGCAGUGCCAUGCGGUCUGGUGCGGCUUCGCCGACUGGGAUGGGGCUAUACAACCCGAAGCCUGCAGACGUGCGGCUCCCGUGGCGCUCGCCAGGCGUGGAUAUGGCGGAGCCAGAGCACAAGCCGUCCGCCUGGGCGCCAGCGGGCGGCGUCAAGCGGCGCCGGCUCAGCGUCGCCCCAGGCGCGCCUGCGGUCCGCUGUGCCGAGGCGGGCAGCAACGAUGGCCAAGAUUACGAUGAAGAUUUUAGCGGGCUUGAAAGUAGCCCAGAGACUCCUGAUCCAGAAAUCUUGGUCGACACAGAAGAGGACCCGCUCUUGCGGCGAGUGCUAGACGACCGCGGCGAGGUGCGGCUGUAUCGCGCGCAGAGCGUGCCAUCGACACAAGGCAGCAACGACACGCCGAUAUUAUUACUGAGCAGUGAUGACGAGGCUGGCAGGCCCAGUGGUGAACGCGAGCCCAAUUCUGCGUCGGCCAAAGCUGCGCAGAGCUCAUGGAAAAUGACUACUAUGAAGUCGUCCAGUGACCGGGAAAUCGAGUACCCAUCUCAAGAUGCGCUCCUGCAGCAUUUAGCGCGGCGAGAACAGGACUACUACGACAAACUAGUACAGCUGAAGACGACGAAACAGAUUUUACAGAGUAAAAUUAGCCGCAGAGAGACUCAGAUUCGAGCCAAGGGGGAUUCCAAUGAAAAACUAAUUGAUGCCAACAGAAAUACUCAGGGAAAAUUGACCAACGCUGAAGCACUUCUGCGACGUACUGAGCUUGACUACGCUGCAUUUCAGCGCCAAAAACGGGAAGCGCUACUCCGUAUGCAACUCAGCAUGGUCGACCAAAAAGCAGACAAGGUGAGGUACCAGCAGACGAAGAUGGCACUCUUGCGUGUACAACUUGAUAAUGCACCGCAUACGUUUGGCGAUGAAGCGGAGCUGAAAAAUGAGCUGAGACGUAUAAGAUCCGAGCUCAGCAGUCUUAGUGUUUCCGAGGAGACGCAUGCUGACCGUAGUGAAGCAUCACAUGGGAUCUUUAAGCGGACAUGCAUGAAGGCAUUGGAGCUGCUAGAAGCGUCUGACAGGAGCCAAGAAAAUAGGCAAGCCGUGCAGCGUUUGAUUAAGGAAGUGCUCCGUUUAGAAGAGCAUUUUCUCUCGAAGUCACUUUCUGCAGGCGAGCGCGAGCGCGGGUCUAAAAUAUCGCAGGAGUUGCAGCGGCAGGGUAUUCGCAUGCCUUUUGUAUAUAAUCGCCUCCAGAGUAUUUGUGAUACCCCUGAAUCUGUUGUAGCUAAUAUCAACGAAAACUUGGGCGCAGCUGAAUUCAUAAGUGCUUUGAAUUCUGCGCUCAGUUCUGGAAACACAAUGACAGAGAAGAGCCAAACAGCCAAUUCGGCGGCAUUUUUCUACACAAUUUCGAAAGUGCGAUCCAUCCUUGCGUCCUCUAAUAGAUCACCGGAGCUUAAAACUGAUAUCAAUAACAAUCUUCUGGCUAUAGAGGCAUAUCAGCAACUUGUAUUUUGUGGACUUACACCCGAUGAUGAGCGUAAAUCUGCUGUGCUGAAGGCUAUUCGAAUGCUUUACAAGCAGGGCGUGAAGAUGCCUCUGGUUUAUCAGGUCUUAGAAGAGCAAGGCCUCAAUUGGAGGUAUGAUCCAACUGGUGCAUUGAAGAACAUCAGCGAUGCCAGAGACCUGAUCGCCCAAAACACAAAGCGCUCUGCUGAGACAAAGCAAAAGAUCUACAAUCUCCUCGAUGAAGUUGAGAAGACGAUAAAGGAAACAAUGCAGAAUGUUACCCCUACAAUAUACAAAACCACCAAUAUUAGUCUUAAUUUAACUGCACUAAAAAAUCUAGGAGUGAAGAUGCCAGUUGUUGACAGGACUGUGGCAGCUUAUUUGAAGCGCAUGAAGAAGUCUUCUCAGCAGCCGCAGAAGAGUGUGAAGGUAGAAUCUGAAACGAGCACAGACUCAAUCAACGGUGAUGAGGAAAUGCGCUAUUUCCAAUCGAUUCAGCAAGCAGUUUCAACGUACAGCACAGCUUUAAAUCGAGCACGUCUGGGGUACGAUAGAGUACGCAGGAUACUUUUGGCCCUAGAGGCUUUAAGAGCGUAUAGAGAAUUGUUCCAUCGUGCCGAUGCUCCGCUAUUCUGGAAUCAGAAGGUACAGGACUCUUUGAAUACCUUGAUGGACAUCAAUCUGCAACUUCCUCCUGUGUUUAGGUAUCUCAAACAACGUGGAUUUCAUACAGGGGAUAACAAGUACGUUAAUUCCGAUGAUAUUGAUAAGGAUGGGGUUAUAGAACCUUUGAUGAUACAAGGAGAUCCAGAGGAUGCUGAUUUGAAGGAAUUGGGGGACCUUGCUGCAGGAAAUCAACUGCAAAUGGCCAAUAUAUACACGUCUAGGGACCAUCAAAGUUUGAAUGAGCUUCUAGAGAGCUUAAAACAAGCCGAAACCAGCAUUGAUGGCGAAGAGUUAACGCCACCAGAUAUGACUGUCAACUUAUUAAAGCAUCAGCGCCAGGGUCUAUAUUGGCUGCUGAAGACAGAAAGCUCCAAAUUUAAAGGUGGACUACUUGCAGACGACAUGGGUCUCGGAAAGACUGUACAGGCAAUUGCAUUGAUGCUGGCAAACAGAUCAGCCGACAGUACUUGCAAAACAAAUUUGGUUGUAGGACCUGUUGCUGUGCUUAGAGUUUGGCAUGAUGAGAUUAAUACUAAAGUUAAGAAGCAAGCACAGUUCAGUGUCAUGAUAUAUGGUGGUUUUGGUGGGAAAAAGGUAGAGAAUUUCAAAGCGAUGCAUAACUAUGAUGUAGUUCUGGUAUCAUACCAGACUCUUGCCGUUGAAUUUAAAAAGCAUUGGCCAGCGCGGCUACAGGGCACAUCUGAAAAUGGAGGCCAGCUGCCUGAAGUUGCCAGUAUCAAGGCCAUGAACUCGAUGAAAUUACGGAAUGAAUACUGGUCUCCCUUUUUUAGUGACGAUUCAAACUUCUAUCGCAUAAUACUGGAUGAGGCUCAGAAUAUUAAAAAUAAGCAAACACAGGCGGCGAAGGCAUGCUGCACCUUGAAUGGUACCUACAGAUGGGCAUUGUCUGGUACACCGAUACAGAAUAACAUCUUGGAGCUCUACUCCCUGCUCCGAUUUUUAAGAAUUGCGCCUUAUAAUCGAGAGCAAAAGUUCAAAGAAGAUAUUGGGAAUGCUUUGUUAUCUAGAGGUGGUGAUUUCGAUAGUAUGGACACGAAGCGAGCGCUUAAAAAAGUUCGGGUCCUCUUGCGAGCAAUUAUGCUUCGGAGGGCAAAGACCUCGCAGAUCAAUGGCCAGCCAAUACUCGAAUUACCUGCUAAACAUAUUCGGAAAAAAGAAGACAUACUUGACGGUCAGGAUUUGGAGUUUUACAAGUCUUUAGAACAUGAAACUGCUAUUCAAGCCAGAGCGUUGUUAAAUGAAAGGAAGGCCAGUUCCUCAUCAAAUAUUUUGACUUUGUUGCUGCGGUUGCGCCAAGCUUGCUGCCAUCAAGAACUGGUUAAACUGGGCAAGGCAAAAGCAAUUGGGACACGAGUAGUAAAUGGAAUGGAUUUCAUUAAGGAUUGGCUCCGGCUAUACAAUGUGGCCAAACGAAUUGGCACAGAGGGGAAGGGAACAGUCAGCCAGUCACUUGAGAAUAUGAUUUGUCCAUUUUGUAUGGAACAAAUGGAGAUAGAAUCUUUGUCAGUUCUUACUCCAUGUGGGCAUCUAUUAUGCGAUGCCUGCGUAGAACCUUAUCUUGAAGAUGCAAGGGAAAGUGAAUAUGCCCGUAAAGGCCCAAAAGGAACGCGUUCGACUUUUGUGCCAUGCUUGGUGUGCGAGAAGCUCAUAAAUGAUCAUGAGAUAAUAUCUUAUCAACUAUAUCAUCAAGCUGUGGUUAAAGGAAUUAGUACUGAUGAAUUGCGUGAGGAGUAUGAAAAUGAAAUGACCAAAAGACGACACAAACUAAAGUACGACUAUCAGUUGAACUUUGAAAACUUACACCAGUCAAAGAAGGUACAGCAGUGCCUCGGGAUCAUAAAGACUGUUUUGGACAACAGCACAGACGAAAAACUUAUAGUGUUUUCUCAAUUCACAACGUUUUUUGAUAUACUGCAGUUUUUUAUUAAGAAGGUAUUAAACGUCAGUUAUUUACGGUACGACGGUACUAUGAACGGUAAUGUUAGAGCAAGCGUCAUCGAAAGAUUUUAUAGGGAAAAAAACGAGCGGUUGCUUCUGAUUUCAAUGAAGGCAGGAAAUUCUGGGCUGACACUGACCUGCGCAAACCAUGUAAUUCUCGUUGACCCAUUUUGGAAUCCUUAUGUUGAGGAACAGGCUAUGGAUAGAUGCUACCGGAUUAGCCAACAACGAGAGGUGUACAUUCACAGACUUCUACUCAAAAAUACAAUAGAAGAUAGAAUUGUAGAGCUCCAGAACAGGAAACGGACUCUGGUGGAGAAUGCUAUGGAUCCCACUGAACUCAGAGAGGUUAAUAGGCUAGGACGUCAAGAACUUGGGUUCUUGUUUGGGAUCAACUCAUUGCCCGGAAGGGAGUAA